GGAAGGUUGAGUCGCUGAGUGGGGUCCUCUGUCCCAUCGUCUCUUAUAACAGGAAGAUUAAAGUCGAAGGCGGUUGGCCAAAAUGCCAGAGGAGAUGGCGGACGGUGGGAGGAAGUUUGUGACUCUCGAUGACCUCAUUGAUGCCCUGGACAAGCGCGAGAGGGCGCCGAGCAACGUCCCAAAGGUCGAGACAUUCCACUUCAAAGGGGAUCGGGUAUCUGAUUGGUUGGAUGUGACAGAGCAGGCGCUAGUGGGACUGUCAGAUGAGGUCAAGCUCCAACGGGUCUUGAGGUAUGUCCUGCAUAGCCACCAUCGGGAAGUAACUAAGGUUGUGGAUGCCUUCGGUGGCAGCUGGACAAAGUUUGGGGACCUAAUGCGAAGGAAGUACAGGCUGGGAGACGGCCUGCUGACCAUGGCCGACUUGGAGGCCAUGAAUAAGGAAGAUUUCUCUACCAUUGGGGCGUUCAUGCACGAGUUUAAGAAAAAAGCGAGGAAGGUGCACGGGAUAUUUGAGGAAGCGCAAUGCGCCACAUUUUUGGGGCUGCUCACAGGGUCGGAAGCCACAAAGUUGACAAAGUAUGGGGAAGGGAGUGAGAGGCUCACCUCGAGAACCAUUGACAAAGGAGUGGAGGAAGGGAGCCUGGACCAGGUAGAGCAGCACCAAAUAAGGCUGCAAAAGCGCAAGAGGAAGGAGAGGGAUGCUACCGCAUCCGGGACCCCAGGGGUAAAGAGAAUAGUCACAGACGUGUUGACAGUGUUGGGGAAGAAGUACGCGGUCCGGCUAGAGGAAGGUUUUGACGUGGAGCGAAUGGUGGACAAACUCCUGGAGGGCCAUAACGAUUUGAUGAAUUUAAAGGACAUUUUGCCGUCGGCACCAAGACUUUGUGGCGAGCUGAAAGGGCGGCUCUCGCGAAGGCUCAACCUCGGCUCCUUUACCUUCGAGGAGUCUGAGUAUGCGCGACGGGGACUCCGGGAGGAGCAGGAGGAGGAAGGAGCAGGCGAGGUGUUGUCCCUGAGCCUUAACGAUGUGAAUAAGGCAAUGGAGGUGGUAGCGGCGCAUGAUAUGGCGGACCUUGAGGCUAUAAAGGCAUUGAGGGAGCAGGCAGGGCCGUGCCGCAUCAAUAAUGAGAAUGAGGAAGGGUUGAUAAUUGGCGAGCCUGGCUUCCUGUUGCCCCAGGAGAGGACCUUGAUGGUGAAGACCAUGAGGAGGAGGCAUUGCGCAUAUGCGUUUAAUGAUGACCAGCGUGGGAGGUUGAACGUGGAUAAGAUCCCGAUGAUACGAAUCCAUACCGUCCCACACGAGCCGUGGAACCUGAGGGGCGCGCAGUACCCAAAUCCGGAUGAGGAGAAGAAGGUGGUGGAUUACUUGGAUGGAAAGAUGAGUACGUAUGUGGCGGAUUACUCCAGUGGGCCGUAUGCUUCCCCCUGGUUUUGUUUUAUCAAGCCAAACGGAACGCUGCGGUGGGUGCAGGAUUUGCAACGAUUGAAUGCAGUGACGGUGCGGGACGCGGGAGGAUUGCCGAACGCGGACGCCCUGUCGGAGUCAUGUGCAGGGAUGCCUAUAAUCUCACUUAUAGACCUUUAUUUUGGGUACGACCAGUUUCCUGUAUACCCACCGGAUAGGCAGGUGACGGCGAUGCAUACGCCAAGGGGGCUGAUCCACAUGAACGUGGCGUCUCAGGGGUGGACUAAUGCGGUGGCAAUGGUGCAAAGGCACAUGAUUAGGGUCAUGCAGACGGUUAGUCCACAUAUCACUCAGCCCUACAUUGACGAUUUGGCGGUCAAGGGCCCAAAGGAGAAGGAGGAAGACGAAGUGAUGCCAGGAGUGAGACGGUUCGUCUGGAAGCACAUCCAGGAUAUCGAUCAGGUUCUGGGUCUGCUGGAAGAACACAACCUGACGGCAAGCGGCCCCAAGUCGAAGCAUUGUAUGAAGAAGGCCACGAUUCUGGGCUUUGUCUGCAACGAGAAAGGGCGGAGACCAGAUGUGAAGAAGACGGACAAGAUCCUGGAGUGGCCAGUCCCCUUCCAGUCGAUAACGAGCGUGAAAAGCUUCCUUGGGACCUGCGGGUUUUUGAGGAGUUUUGUGAAGGACUUCGCCACCAAGACGGAGCAUUUAAGAAAGCUGAGGUUGAGAGUUUCCCCUAGGGGGCGUGAUGGCAUGCCCAUUCGAUUGGAGGAGGGGAACGCAGAUGAGUUCAUCCCCGCAUAUGAGCACUACAUGUUGAGUCUGGGGGUUGCGCAGGAGGAAUGGGUGCAGACCCUACUUAUCUGGACGAGGCAGGCAGAGAGGCAGGUGGUUAAACAGAUUCGGGAGAGGGCUCGAGAUUGGGAGGACUGUCAGGCCCAGCUCAGGAGGGCGUUCGGACGGCCACAUUAUGAGAGGCAUGAGCCCAGGGUCGAGAGGCGACGGCGAAGUAAGAGGUCGAGGGAAACAGCACCGAGAGAGGUGGAGCUGGCCAGAGAGAGGAGGAAGGCCCCGGCACGGCAGGAGGAUGAGCCCGCAGAGCCCGCAUUGGCAGAGGAGUCGUUCCCCGCUUGUGGCCUCCAGGCAGUCGAGUUUCGGCGGAUUACGAGUGAGGAGUUGGGAUCGCCCCCACCAUUGCCAUCAGCACAGGAGCUGGACAUACCAAGAGAGACGCCAUUCCGAAGCUUAGCGACUCAUCUUGAUGUAUCCCAAUGGGAGGCCUCACGGCUGGGAGAGGGCUCAGUCGAGCCGGCGUGCUACGUGCCGUUGGAGGAGCCCUUGGACCCCGAGAUGGAGACGGAUAUGCGAGACCGAGGGGAGCCGCAUGUUCCUGAGAUGGCGGUCGAGCGGCCGGAUCCGGUACGACCUCAGGGUGGGGAGGUGAUCGCGGUUGGAGACGAUACCCCGCCAUGCUCCCCAGUUCCAGAGCCAGCACAACACUCGUGGCCAGAGGGGACUCCUGAGCCAGGCAGCGAGGAGAUUCCAGAGUCUCCCCCUGAGGCCACUGCGGUGCCUGAGCAGGAGGUAGAGAUGGAGGAGCACGGGGCGGGCGAGGGAGCGAGGAUGCAGGCGCCCCCUGACUUGCCAUCGGCCAUGCACGUGACCAAGAGUCCGGUUAUCGAGGAGCCCGUUCCAGCGGAAUUACCGCCAAUAGUGCCAUGCGCGAGUGAAGGGAUGGGGGCUGAGGCGACGGCUCCAGAGGACCAGGGGCCACGAAUGAGAGGAGUUCCAAGAGAGACCCGCGAGGAGGGGUCCGCCCGAGUGCGGGUCCGUCUGGAUGAAAUACAUAUGAGGCAGGCUGAGAUAGAGGCAGCGGGAAUAGAGCCGACACCGCCGGUCGAGCCCAAGACGAGCGAGCAGAGGAUCGACGAAUUGUGGGCUAGAUAUGAGAACCAGAGGGAUGCGGCCCGCCAAAGGUCACGGGAGGCAGGACAGGCGGACGAGGAGACGAGUGAGCUGAGGGAGAUGGGGGACUUGGGGUUCUCCACGACCAGGCAGGCGAUUGAGCGCAUGGAUCAGAGGAUAUGCGAGACACAGGUCAAAGAGUUGGAGGUGGAGCACCUGACUACUCAACUUGCCGAGGAGAGGGCGAGGAGCCAGACCAGAGAGGUUGAGUGGGAGAGGAGAUUUGGGGAGAUGGCGGCCACUGUGGAUAGACUCUCGGCAGCCUGGGAGGUUAGCCAGGUGGAGCGAGCCAGUGCCGAUGACCAGGGCCGAGGGGUGCAGGCUUCGCCGAGUCAGGGAGUAGCAGUGGAGGUCCCUCGACAGGUCGAGCCAACGAAGGAGGUGUCUGUGAACGCAAUUGAGGAGGAGGGUGGCGCGCAGGAGUCGCUUAUAGCUAUGUCCACGGAGAGGAGCGCCUCGCGUUUGCAUCAGCUGGCAACGGCCAUGGGGAUAGGCACUCCCCAGGAGGGGCCUCAGAGACUUGACGCUCCAGAGCAUGCCCCGAGGUUGGGAGAGUUGAGGGCGACGCUGGGCUCCUUGGCCACGGGGACGGACUCAGGAGGGCCUGACUCGCGGCAACAGCAGCAGCAAGAGGUCAUGCGUGAGCCCACCGCCAUGGCGGGCUCUCAGCCGUCCGAGGCACGUGGGGAUGAGGUGGUGGUGACCGAGGGGCCUCGUGAGAAGGGGCCCCGAGAGUCGGGUAUGCCAGACUGCAGGCCAGUGAGCACGGCCGCACGAGGGGGUGAGGGUGCUGAGGCUAUGGAGCCCAGGCCCCAGGGCCAUAGUAGAGUACCGUAAAGUAGAGUAGAGUACAGUACAAUACAGUAGAGUAGAGUAGAGUAGAGUAGAAUAAAAUAGAGUAGAAUAG